CAACUCUAAUCUCGGUUCAGAAAGCAGGGAGUCAGUUCAGGGUGUGAACAGGAAGGAUUCGGUUCAGGCGCGGUGAGGAGAUUAGUGGUGGAUGUGGUAACCCGCGGCUGCAGGAGGAUGUGAUGAGGAUGGAGGAAACCCCGAGGAGGAAUCACAGCGUUACAGCGUUACACUGAACCGCUCACACAGGAUGCCACCACCGUCAGACAUUGUGAAAGUUGCUGUGGAAUGGCCUGGAGCCAAUGCACAACUCAUCGAGAUCGACCAGAAGAAGCCUCUCUCCUGUAUUAUAAGAGAAGUGUGUGAUGGAUGGUCUCUGUCCGGAUCUGAGCAGUUUGCUUUACGCUACGCAGAUGGAGCUCAGCUUUAUAUCACCGAACAGAGUCGUGGAGAAAUUAAGAACGGCACCAUCCUGAGAUUAGCCAUCUCUCCGGCGCGAGCGGCUCGUCAGCUUCUCGACAGGAUUCAGUCAAUGAGCAUCGAUGCUCGUCUGGAGGCUCUGAAGGAACUUGCCAAGCUCUCAGCUGAUCCCACCUUCGCCACCGAGUUCAUCAACAUCGAGGGAAUUAACACACUCGCACGGCUGGUGGAGAGCGGCACACAUUUUGGUGAGAUGUUAGCCUUUACCCUCACUGCCUUUCUUGAACUAAUGGAUCACGGCAUUGUGUCAUGGGAUAUGAUCUCACUAUCCUUCAUUAAACAGAUUGCGGGUCAUGUGACCCAGCCGCUGGUGGACGUUUCGAUCCUGCAGCGUUCUCUGGCUGUGUUGGAGAGCAUGGUGCUGAACAGCUGCACUCUGUACCACCGCAUCGCUCAGGAGAUCCCCAUCACACAACUCAUCACACACCUGUCCAAUCAGGAGAUUCAAACCUACGCCAUUGCUCUGAUCAACGCUCUGUUCCUAAAAGCACCUGAGGAUCGGUUGCAGGAAAUGGCCAGCACACUGGUACAGAAGCAUUUGCGCUCCAUCAUCCUUAAUCACGUCAUUCGUGGGAAUCGGCCCAUUAAAGCUGAAAUGGCUCACCAGCUGUACGUGCUGCAGGUUUUGACCUUUAACCUUUUAGAGGAGCGAAUGAUGUCCAAAAUGGACCCCAACGAUCAGGCUCAGAGAGAUGCACUGUUUGAGUUGCGCAGGUUGGCGUUUGAUGGUGAGAGCGACUCGACCGGCACAGAGAAGAGAAAAGCUCUUUACACUAAAGACUACAAACUACUUGGCUUUACUAACGGUGUAAACCCUGCGCUGGAUUUCACUCAGACUCCUCCCGGACUCCUGGCCCUCGAUAACAUGCUCUAUCUCGCUAAAGUCCACCCUGAUACCUACACACGGAUUGUUUUGGAGAAUAGCAGUCGUGAGGAUAAACACGAGUGUCCAUUUGGUCGGUGUGUGAUUGAGCUGACGAGAAUGCUGUGUGAAAUACUGCAAGUUGGAGAACUACCAAAUGAGGGCUGUAAUGAUUAUCACCCGAUGUUCUUCACUCAUGAUCGAGCGUGGGAGGAGUUUUUCUGCGUCUGUAUCCAACUGCUUAAUAAAACCUGGAAGGAGAUGAGAGCCACAACUGAGGACUUCAACAAGGUGAUGCAGGUAGUCCGGGAGCAGAUUGUGCGUGUGUUAGCAAUGAAGCCUUUGACUCUGGAUCAGCUGAAGGUGAAGCUCUACAGUCUGAGUUACUCAGAGAUCCUGAGGCUGAGACACUCUGAGAGACUAAACCAGGAUGACUUCCACUCUGCUCCUAUCAUUGAGCUGCGUGAAAGGAUUCAGCCAGAGAUUUUGGAGUUGAUUAAACAGCAGAGAUUAAACCGGCUGUGUGAUGGAAGCUGUUUCAGGAAACUCGCUCACCGACGCAGACAAGAGAAGUUUUGGUUUUGUCGUUUAUCUCUGAACCAUAAAGUUCUGCAUUAUGGAGACGUGGACGAGUCUCCUCAGGGGGAGGUGCCUUUUGAAAUGCUCACAGAUAAAAUUUCAGUGUGUGACAUUAAAUCAGUGGUGACGGGAAAAGACUGUCCACACAUGAAGGAGAAAAGUGCACUCAAACAAAACAAGGAUGUGUUGGAGUUGGCCUUCUCUAUACUCUAUGAUCCUGAUGAGGCUCUGAAUUUCGUGGCUCCGAGUAAAUAUGAGUACUGUAUAUGGAUGGAUGGACUCAGUGUGUUAAUGGGGAAGGAGAUGUGCAGUGAUUUGACCCGCAGUGACCUCGACACACUCAUUAGCAUGGAAAUGAAGCUCCGCCUCCUGGACCUGGAGAACAUCAACAUCCCUGAGGCUCCACCCCCAAUUCCCAAAGAGCCCAGCAGCUACAACUUCACCUACAACUAUGGCUGAGUGUGUGUGUAUGUGUAUGUGUGUAUGUAUGUAUGUAUGUGUGUGUGUGUGUGUGUGUGUGUGUGUGUGUGUGUGUAUGUGUGUAUGUGUGUGUGUGUGUGUGUGUGUGUGUGUGUGUGUUACUUAUCAUGGCCUUUCAUUAGUGGUGAUAAAGGUCUUGUGUUGCUGGAUCUCAGUACCCAGUGGAGUUACAUGAAGGUCACCUCUGUGAGAAUAUUAUGGGAUGUUUCAGGUGUUUCAUGUUCCAUCCUCAGAGGGCCUUUUCUUAGAAAGAACAAUCCCUUAAUCCCUUUCACCUGAAAAAUAAAUAAUCAGUAAUGAUCAAUAUAAACAGAUAGAAUUUGGAAUUAAACCCAGACCAGGAACCAGAGCUGCUUCAGCACACAUGUUUAUUAUAACUGACACAUUAUAUAUAAAUAUACAUGUAAAUAUGAACAAUAGAGCAUUAGAUAAAUAAAAUAAUGAAAUGAAGAGAUUAUAUACAUAAUUUUAUAUAAUUUGGUUUAUAUAAUAAUAAUAAUAUAAAUAUAAUGCUAAAUAUGAGAAAAAUAUGAAUAUAAAAUGAACUGAAUGCCUUUGGAUGUGUGAUGAAGUCCGAUCUUUUCUGUUUGAUUUAUUUACAUUAUUAUUUUUUUUUAACUUAUUUCUUUGUUUUCUUGAUAAUAUUACAAUAAAAACACUGAAAGUACACAUAGAAACACUGCAGUAUUGGCCACGCCCACCAGAGGGCGUGGUCCACCGCCUAAACACCGCUCAGAAUUCAGAUUAGAGAUUUAUAUAUUUUUGUAAAUAACGUGAUGUGUGUGGAAAAUGAAAGAAUUUACUAAUAAAAGCUGUGUGUGUGUGUGUGUGUGUGUGUGUGUGUGGUGAAUUAAUUCUGUUUUUGUUUUGAAGGUAAACAUAUUUGUGUUUAUUGUUUACAUCUUUAUUUAACAUGAGUUUUAUGAAUAUAAUGAAUCAGUUACUGAAUCACAAGUUGAUGGAAUUCAUUCGGCUUCUUUAAUAAUGUUAUUGUUUGCACGCUGAUGCUAGAAUAACUGUUAUAUAUAAUAUAGAAUAAUAAUAAUGUGUGUGUGUGUGUGUGUGUGUGUGUGUGUGUGUGUGUGUGUGUGUGUGUUUUAAUGGGUUUGUGUGAAUAAAUGCUAAUUAAACAUG